AAUAUAUAUCUCUGCCGGCCCGCCCGCUCCUCAGUUCCUUCUUACCGCCGUGUCGGUCGUUGGAACUGUGGAGCGCGGCAUAGCUGUCCUCCACGUCCCUAGCUCUCCUCGUUAUCUAUCGUUUAUCUCUAGUACUAUUGUAGUUGUUAAUUAGAUUGUUAAGUGUAGAUAGUAGUAGUUAAGUUAAGUAGUUUGUAAAUAGUUCUUCGCCGGGGGCUUAGCCCUUCCCGGCACCCGGCACCGGGCUCAUGCCUGGUUCGCCGGGCUUCAAGCAGUGUGCGGCCUGCAAGAAGCCCAUGCCUACUAGCGAUCCCCACGACGCGUGCCUGAAGUGCCUGGGGGAAUCGCACAGAUCCGACAAGUGCCGCAUCUGCAAGGCUUUUAAGCCAAGGACAAAGAAGGAGAGGGAUCAAAGACUCCGAACUCUCCUUAUGGAGGCGGCACUUGACCCGGCGGCUUCGCAGGCCGUGAUCUCAGCGCCGGCACCGGAUCGCGCCGGCACCGAGAAGACUCCCCGGCACCGACCUUCUCCGGCACCGGGGACAGAGCCAAGGCCGUCGAAGUCUGCUACUCCGGCCAGGCAGACCCGACUGGAGCGCCCGGCCUCAACAUCGGCCGCGGCGCCGCCGGCACCGUCGACUCCGGGCCCGGCGGGUCCGUCGAGUCCGGUGCCGCCGAGCUCCCCCAUGAGAUCUGGGGUUGAGAUAGUGGUCCCAUCCACACCGGAGACCUUCGCCUCGGCUCGGGACCUCAUAGCCCUGACUGAGCCCACUCAGCUGCCACCCCCGGUACCUCCGGUGCGGGUCGUGUCCAGAGGCAAGCCCAUGAUGUCGGCACCAUCUCGGGACUCACGUUCACGAUCCAGGUCCCGACGCCACGGUCGCUCCAGAUCCCGCCGCCGCUCGCAGUCCCGGCACCGCUCCCCUCAGCGGUACCGGUCGCACUCGCGGCGCCGGUCGACAUCAAGACGAUCGCGGUCGGACUCCAGCCGCCGAUACCGGCACCGCGAUUCCAGGAGCCGGUCCCGACGUUACUCGCCACACCGGUCGACCUCCCGGCACCGAGCUGGUGGCAGGUCCCGGUCCCAGUCCAGAUCCCGGCACCGUGACAGAACCCGGUCCCGAUCCCGGCACCGAUAUGACUCCCGGCACCGGUCCCCGGCACCGAGACGAUCGUCCGUGCCGACUCGCGCAGACCCUUACCAUCCAGGGUCAGCCCCGCCAUGGCCCUCUAGACAGCCGUCCGUAUCUUCACAAACGGACAGCGGGUAUGCGCUGGGCACUGAACGGCAGGCGGCGCUGUUCAGCGAUCCGCCACAGCAGGACCAAGGCCCGCAACAAUGGGGAUUCUGGACACCCUGGGCAUACCAUCAGGCCCAGGGCCCCCAACAGCUCCCUGCUAGGCCGGCGACUGCGGAGCGCAGGGCACCUGAAGCCUCGUUGUCUCGCCCCCCUCCCUCCCCGGAUGGGGAGGAAGGGUCCAAGCAACAAGACUCCGCUUUGGCCCCUGAGGCAGAGGCGAGGGCCGAAGGAGACCCGCCGUUAGACACUCUCUUGCCGGGGGUCUCCUCAUCCUCCUCCCCGGAUGAAGCGGUGGCUGGUACCUCCUCCAACAGCCCCCCCCCCCGCUGGAUCUCAGGGCGCACCAAGACCUCCUCAGGCGAGUAG